CUACUUUGCAUAUUAAUGAUCCCCUAGCUUCGUAAUUACAACAAAAGUUACAAUCAACACUAAUUCAACUAGCAACGACAGUGCUAUAACCUCUACUGGUAACAACAAAUAUGUAGGUUUUCUACAAACGAAAACCAGUUAGGAUUUUAGCGAGAAAUAGGUGAACAUGACGGAUAUUCAGCUACGGAGAGACGAGAGUGGAAGGCUUCCAUUCCUGACACACUGGGCUGCCCAUGAACCGGCUAUAAAGAAGAAACAAGUUGGUAACACGGAUCACUGGUCGAAAAUGAAACACAAGGUCUCGACGUUUUCGCUGCAUGACCAAACUGGCAAAACUCGAUAUUUUUACGGAGAUCGCAUGAGACAUGAACGGAUAACAGAUCACAAGGAGGCACAGGCGAUGAUUCGCUUUCAGCACGAAGUAGACGGUACACUGACGCGGAUCGGAGGGCCUAACUUUACGAACCUGAUUGAUCGCAAGCUACACGGGCACCUCCCGGGGGACUACACAAAACCGCGCCCGCUGCCACCCAAACUCCUGCGGACUGCCGCAAACGCGCGUGCUCGCGAAGGACAGCCUUAUUGGUACAUAGAGAAACCAACAAAACGAGAUGCAGGCAAGUACACAAUGGGAUCUAACAAGACGUUUCUUGGAAUUGGCAAGCGCCAGUAUCCAUAACUACAUCAUCAUCGAUCAUGUGACUUGUAGAGUGCAGAAUCCUUGUGCUGUGUGUUCGUGAGUGGGUAGUAGUCAGAUUAUUUUGUGAAAAGAUCAGUUUGAAGAUUGGCUUGUAAAGAAAUCAGUAGGAAGAUAAGUGUAUAAAGAAUGUUUAAAGUGCUCACGAUCGCUACCAUUACCACACAUAUAGCUUUUAGAAAGUUAACCAAUAAGAUUAAAGAAGGGUUGUUUGACAAAAGCUCUUAGCCAAUCAGUGAAGCAGAGAAGUGCUUCAUUACGCUGGUCACGGUAGCGCUCGUGGCGUGGUCAUUAUAUGUGAUGGUAGAACUAGAAAACGAUUUCUUUUGUCAUGUGUGUUUCCGAAGUCUAGAAAUUAUUUUUGGUACCUGAAAUUUUUUUUACCAUUGGCAGUAACGCUUGUAUAAUCACUAAGCAUGCAAAAUAUCUUAAAUUAUUUUUAAAAAUAAUCAACUUACAAAUUAUUCUUCUCAAAAUGUAACAAAACUAUAAAAAAACUGUAAGGGGGGGGAGCUAUAUCAACUAACAUAAGAUUGUGUACACACGCUUAUAACACGCUUAUAACGGGUUUAUUCAAAUGCUUGUUUAUUUAAAAAAAUGUCUUGAUGCAUGUUUUGAUCUAAAAUAAAACCUGAAUCCAUAAAUUA